AAAAACCACCAGGGCCGUGAUGACUGGAUCGUCACAGACAGACCCCGUAGUCUGCGAUAGCGCAGUGGCCAGCUCCAGAUCGGCAGUGGAUGGUUGGUUCGCCCGCCUGGAUGGGCUCCACCAGCUGGUCCUGUUGGCACAUUUUUUGGCAAGCAAAGGAGUCAUCUUCGUUCCUGGCUCAGCUUGGCCGAUCUAGCUCCCCGCCAUCGCUCUCGUUUAAAUACUCGCGGGCGACGCUUGCGCCCUCGCCGCCAUGUCCUCUUCCUCUCCCUUUCGUCCCGUUUCUUACCGUGUCUUGCGACCUUUCCUGUGAUCGCGCCCGCGAAAAUGAGCGUCGACGAAAAGCAGCCCGUGGGCGACAAGGAGGCUUCGCCGCCGCCGUCGCAAUACGCGGUCAACGAGCGCAAGCUGAUGGCCAAGAUUGACUGGCAUGUUGUGCCGUGUCUGUGUGUCAUGUACCUCCUUGCAUUCUUGGAUCGAGUGAAUGUCAGUAAUGCGGCAAUUCUUGGGCUCAAAUCCGACCUCCAUCUCGAAACUGGCACCAAGUACAACACCGCCCUCACUAUUUUCUUCGUACCAUACAUUAUCUUUGAAAUUCCGUCCAAUGUGUUGAUGAAGAAGCUGAAACCGCAUGCGUGGUUGUCGCUGUGUAUGUUCGGGUUCGGCCUGGUCAUGGUCUGCCAGGGAUUUGUUCAGAACUGGGGAGGGCUGAUGGCGACGAGAUGGUUUCUCGGCAUGUUUGAGACGGGCUUGUUUCCUGGCUGCUUUUACCUCCUGGGAAUGUGGUACAAGCGCAGCGAAGCCCAAAAGCGCUUCAGUUUCUUCUUCAGCUCGACGACCCUCGCCGGUGCCUUUGGUGGCUUGCUUGCAUAUGGAUUGGGAAAGAUGGAGGGUAUCAGGGGAUACAGCGGAUGGCGAUGGGUGUUUAUCAUCGAGGGCAUCCUGACCUGUAUGGUUGCCAUUGGCUGCUUCUUCAUCGUUCCCGACUUUCCAGAGGAUGCGAAGUGGCUCACCGAGGAGGAGCGAGAGUUUCUACGCGACAAGUUGGCGAAGGAUACGGGCAAGGCUGCAGUUGAUGCCAGCAUGAACUGGCGUGAUGUCAUUGGCGUUUUCAAGGACUACAAGAUCUUUAUCGGUGGCUUGAUGUAUUUCGGACAGGUGGUGACCGCUUAUGGCUACGCCUACUUUGCGCCGACGAUUAUCCAGACCUACGGCUACGGAUCCAUCAAAACCCAGCUGUAUUCCAUUCCACCAUGGGCGGUCGCAUUCGGCUUUUCCAUGCUCAUCGCCUACCUUUCGGAUCGCUUCCAGCAUCGCUUCCUCUUCACCAUCAUCCCCAUGCUAGUCGCCAUGGCGGGAUUCGGUGUCCUGCUCAACAUCCAUGACACAGCUCAAUACCACGUCCAAUACGGUGCGCUCUUCCUGGUGACGAGUGGCUGCUACAGCGCGAUGCCAGUAUUAGUCUGCUGGUUCGCAAUGAAUCUGGGCGGACAUCGACGCCGCAGUGUAGGCACAGCCUGGCAGAUUGGAUUCGGCAACAUUGGCGGUAUCAUCUCCACCUAUUCCUUCCUUGCAAAGGACGCGCCGUUUUACCGACCCGGAUACAUCAUCGGCGUGUCCUUCCUAGCCUUCUCGGCCGCCAUGUCAAUAGCAUACAUGGUCGCGAUCUGGCACGACAAUCGCAAACGCGACCGGGCUAUCGCAGAGGGGCGAAUUGAUCCCCAGACGGUCACGGAGGAGGACGAAGCAAUGAUGGGCGAUAUGGCCCCAACAUACCGUUACGCUUAUUGAUCAGCUUUCGGAGUAUUUUGGU